AUCAGCUUGGAGAUUUUAAAUCACUGCACGUACAGCACCAAAGGGCUUUAAUGAAACUGUCAACUCAAGAGAUUAAUGGCACAAUCACGGAGAGAAAACUUAAAGCGUUAACAGGCAACCUCACCACAGUUACAGAUCAACUCUCCUUCUAUAAAGCCAUGGAGAGUGAACUUCAUGAAUUAAAAGUCAAGUACAACAGACUAAGAGCUUCCCUUCAUGAUGCUCAGUUUUGCAAUCUCUCGGUGGAUGGCUGGACAGUUUGGCGUAGGAUGAUUUACUUCAGCACUGAUAAACGAGACUGGUCAAGCAGUCGUGCUGUGUGUGUUUCAAUGGGAGCUGACCUGGUUACCAUAACCAACCAAAAAGAACAGGACUUUCUGGUGUCUAAAAUUAAAGAGACUCACUGGAUGGGUCUUAAUGAUCUGGAGACUGAAGGUCGAUGGGUUUGGGUGAAUAACAAAACUCUUGAGGAGACCGGAGUAGAGUUCUGGUACAAAAGGGAAUCUGAGAAAAAUGAACCUGAUAACUGGAAGGUGAAGGAUCCAUCCGGAGAAAACUGUGCCAGUCUGGGAGACAGCAACAACAAAGUGCACACUAUGUGGUUUGAUGGUUCUUGUAAAGAGCUGAAGAGGUUUAUCUGUGAAAAGAAAUAAUUUACCUCCACAUACAUAUGUACGAUAUUAAAGAGGUCUGCUUUCUAAAUAUGCAAACAAUACAGACACAAUAAUAAAAGACUGCACUGCUUUUUCCUUGACAUUGUCAUGCCCGGUUUUGUGUUGUUGCUCACUCUAUUUUUGACCCAAUUUGUUUGGCCCAUCUUUCUCCUCCUAGGCUGAAGGGGGAGUUGUCGUUUCUGGGCAGGACUAUAAAGGACAUUUCCUGCCAGCUGUUCGCUCUCUGCCCUGCUGUGCAUGUUUUGAUGGCCUGGGCUCUGGCCUUUGUGCUGGCAGCAGUGCCACCAUUAUACUCCUUUAAUUUUUGUAAAACACAUAGUCUACACUUUACUGAUUUGCAUUACACUUUUGAUUAGUCAUUUCUUUUUCUACAUUUACUGACUUGAUACAUUUAUUGAUUUAACUUAUGCUUUUAUUAAUAACUUGAAUGAUUUAAUAAAUUACUUUUGAUUUUACUUAACAGUUGUUGUGGUCUCCUCUAUGUCAUUGCUGCUGUGAGCCAAGUAGUCGUGACAACAUUAAGAACAAAGAAAUGUGUUAGAUUAUGUAUGUUUCCUUUCAGUGAUUCAGACGAAUCGGGAACUCCUCUGCGGAGACCAAUCUACUAGAGAAACUAACAAAAUGCCAAUGAAUUGAUAUGCAGAU